AUGGAAUUACCCUUUGCUUCAAUGUUCAUUCUAAAGAUUUUCCUUCUCUGUCUACUCAGCAUCACAACAAACUCAAAACCCACAAACAAUAAUAACAAUAAACUGAUUUCCGAUAUUUGUCCGAAAACAAAAAAUCCUACACUAUGUUUCGAUAUUCUGAGUCUUGAUAAGAAGACUCGUCUCGCUUCUUCCCUUCAUACCCUCGGAUUGGGCUCUCUCGGAAUUGCAAUACCCCAAGCGAAUAUGUCGGUAAGCUUGUUUAGUAGAGCAUAUAAUAAAAGAUAUAUUUCGGUGAAUGAGAAGGAGAAAUAUAAAGGGUGUCUUGGUAAUUAUACGAUGGCCGGGAGGAAGCUAGGCGAAGCAAAAAAAGGGUGGAUUGUAUAUAAUUAUGCAUUAGCAAGAAAGAAUAUAAAAGAUGCGCAUAAAGUGCCGAUUUCUUGUCAGAGAGAACUAGUUGGAGCGCCAUCACCAAUUGCUCGUCAACGAGUAAAUGAAAUGCCCGACAUUGCUUUCGACAUUCCUUUCGUUAUAGUGAACGAGUUGGAAGGCGGGUCGAAAUUUGACCAAGGUUUCUUGCAUGCAUGA